AAUUGUUCGCCUAGAAUCCAAGGAGCCUGCAAAUCGUAGUAGAUUGUGGAAUGAUAAAGAUUCCUUCAAUGUAUUGAGAGAAAAGAGUAAACCAUUGAAGGCCUUGCCUUGGAUAUGCAUAUGCACUCGUUAAACACUCCUUGGGGAAACUCAGAUGAGGAAGUCUUGGAAACUAGUGCAUUUGCAAGGAUGUCCAAACUUAAACUACUCCAUCUUAGUCACGUUCGAUUCAAGGGUUGCAUUGAAGAAUUUCCGAAAGGAUUAAGAUGGUUGUGUUGGCUUGAAUUUCCUUUGAAAUCUAUACCCAGUGAUUUUCCUUUGGAGUGCUUGGUUUAUCUUGAAAUGCCUAACAGUAAAUUGAGCCAAGUCUUUAAGGGAAUCAAGUACCUUCGCUCUUUGAAGACCGUUGAUCUAAGUCAUUCCCAUAGCCUUACUGAAAUCUCUAGCUUCUUACUGGUCCCCAAUUUAGAAAGACUUGUUCUUGAAGAUUGUACGAGCUUGGUUGAUGUCCAUGAGUCCAUUGUAAACCUAAAGAAUCUUGUUUGCUUGAAUUUGAAAGGUUGCAGAAAGAUUAGGAAGCUUCCAAAGAAUCUUUUUAAGCUCCAAUCACUUGAUACACUUAGUCUAUCUGGCUGCUCAAAUCUCAAACAUUUUUUUGACGGAGUUGAGGAAGAUGGAGUCUUUAAAAGUGCUAGAUGUUUCCAAAAUUCCAAUAAGUCAAGUGUUCAUGACUACCACUGGAAAGGUCAACCCAAGUGUAGGGAGAACUCCAAAUAAUUUGUGGUCUUUCUUACCACGUGGUUUAGUACAUUUAAAUCUCUUGAGUUGCAAUCUUUCUGAUGAGGCUUUUCCCAAAGAUUUUGGUAACCUACCCUCAUUAAAAUUCUUAGAUCUAAGCAAAAAUCCAAUUUGUAGCCUACCACAAUGCAUCCGUGGGCUUAGGGGGCUUGUUCGACUCAACUGUUCCAAUUGCAAGAGGCUCCAAACACUUGAAGGGCUACCGAGAGUAAGAACUUUCAUUGUGGUUGGUUGCAGGUUGUUGGAAAGAGCAACAUUUCAAUCAAGUUCGUGCGUACCCUUAGAAUAUCUUAGCAUGUAUAACCCGAAGCUAGUUGAGAUCAAAUACCCGUACAACUUUGUACCUAUUGCAAGAUGUGAUGCAGAAACAAUCAAGCUUUUAGGUUUGUGCAACUUGAAAUCCAAGGGAAUCACCAUUCAAAUGUUAUUCCCAUGUAGGAGUUGGGAGUUUUGUAAGAUCAGGAAGUAUCCUAUCCAGGGACUAUAUGAAUAUGGUAUAUUCAGCACGUUUCUUCCUGGGAAUGUGGUGCCAGGCCAGUUCAGCCAUACAAGUAGAGGCUCUUCAAUAUCAUUUACUGUGCCUUCUUCUAACCUCAGGAUUCAAGGAUUGAACAUCUUCUCUGUGUACACAAGCUUUGGUGGUGAUUUUUAUCCUGGUUAUAAUUGUAACAAAUUUAGUCCAAUAGUGACUAAGGUCCAUAAUAAGAGCACAGGAAUGAAGCGUAUCUAUGAUCCAUCGUGCUUUGGCUUUCCAGAUUUAGGAGAAGACAUGAUAUUCUUAAGCCAUUGGAGUUUGGGGAAUGAAGUGAAGGGUGGUGACAAAGUAACAGUUUCAAUGUUCAUGAGAUCCUUGUUUCGAUUAAAUGAGUGGGGCAUCCAGCUUGUAUACAAACAAGAUCAAGAGAAGAUGAUUGCCCAAGACGACGACGAUGCAGUUCCUUCUUUUCCAUCUGUCGUUUUAAGACAUUUGCAAGAAUUCGAGAUGAUACCAAGAACAUACUUCCUCUCCAAUGGACCAAUAUCAAGGAGAAUAUGGACAUUUGGACGUUGUGGGGAGUCGGUUUUGUUUGAUGACAUAUUUGGGGAUGGGGACUCAAACUACUCCGAUCAAGAAACAGACAAAAAUGUGCCGCAAGAAGGUGUCCUGAGCAGAAAAAAUAUCCAAACGGUUGAAUCACUAAGAAGAUGGUUGCUCAACAACCGUCACAAGCAAGCUGUCUCCGCUCAUAGUACGUAUCCUCCACGUCAAUAUAGUAAUAGUACUGACCAAUUCCGCAGCUUAUGGAUUAUAGAUUCCAAUUUGACAGCUUUGGUUGUUUAUGGUUUGUCUUGAUUCUUGAAAGCAAGAGUAUCUUGGAUCAUGUAGUUAUACCAGUCUUGGUUGAUACCAUGGACAUUUGCAUUGUCUCUCAUUUCACAUUGUUGUGUAAAGCUGUUAUUAGGAGUUUCCCAACUGAAAAUAUGGAAGAAAUAACUCAGUAUCUUGUUGCA